UCUAGAAGAUGAAGAUUCUUUUAUUUUUCUAAUUAAAAUAUAUUGCUUUGCUUGUCAGUACUUUUCAGACACACGAGAGUUGACACACGUAGAUGCCUCCAAAAGCUCUCCGCCCCAGCACCAUGCUCCUUGCUUUGUUGUAUGGGCCAUUGCUUUUCUUUAUAUGGCAAUUCUCUUUGGUUUUAUGUACCAAAGUAGAUAAAAAUAAUGAAUUUAUGGUCCAUUUGGAUCCUAAAUCUGAUCCAUAUCUAACAGCUGAUGCAAUUGGUGCUACUUAUGUUCGUCCUAUGCGAAAUCUAAAAAAUCAUUACCUAUUUGCCAUACAAUCAAGUAAUUCUAGUAGAAAUACGUUGCAAAAAAGAAAUGCCGAGCUUGGCAUAUUGAAUUUCGAGGAACAAAUCCCAAGAUGGCGAUACAAACGUGAAGAGUCUGUAGACGCUAUAAAAUUACUGGAGGAAUUUCGCGAUCAUUUCCAUUUAAUUGAUCCGCUUCUUUCGGAUCAAUGGCACAUACUUAACUAUGAAGUGCCUGGUCAUGAUCUGAACCUGCAAGAAGUAUGGGACGCUGGUAUUUUAGGAGAAAAUGUAACGGUUGCUUUCGUUGAUGAUGGUAUAGAUUUUCGUCACCCAGAUCUUCAAGCAGCUUACUCUUCCCUUGGCUCUUGGGAUUUUAACGAUAAUAUGGCUGAUCCAUUACCAAAGUUAUCUGAUGACCUGCAUGGUACGCGAUGUGCAGGAGAAGUUGCAGGUGCUUGGAAUGAUGUUUGCGGUGUUGGAAUUGCACCAAAAGCUAAAGUAGCUGGGUUGCGCAUUCUGUCGGCCCCCAUUAAUGAUGUGGUAGAGUCAGAAGCUCUAAAUUACGGUUUUCAAACGAAUCAUAUAUAUUCGUGUUCAUGGGGUCCUGCAGAUGAUGGUAGAGCCAUGGAAGCACCUCGUUUGGCUACGAGACGGGCGCUUAUAAAUGGUGUUAUUAAUGGAAGGAAUGGCUUGGGCUCCGUAUUUGUCUUCGCUUCCGGAAACGGUGGGCAUUAUCGGGAUAACUGCAAUUUUGAUGGAUAUACAAAUAGUAUAUUCAGUAUCACCGUCGGUGCUGUUGACAUGGAUCAUCAAGUUCCCUUUUACAGCGAAAUAUGUGCUGCCCAACUUAUAUCUGCAUAUAGCAGUGGCUCUCGCCGGUCAAUAGCAACGACAAAUCCGGAAGGGACUUGUACAAAAAGUCAUGGUGGAACGUCUGCGGCUGCUCCUCUUGCUUCUGCAGUCUAUGCUUUGGCGUUAUCAAUUCGACCAGAUUUGACUUGGAGAGAUAUACAGCAUAUUACUGUACAUUCAGCUGUCCCGUUUGACGUCUCUCCUGAUCUUGAAUGGACGAAGACCCCUGCUGGAUUUCAAUUUUCACAUCGUUUUGGUUUUGGAAAGCUCGAUGCAAAACGAUUUAUUGACAUUACAAGGGAAUGGCAACUCGUAAAUCCUCAAACUUGGGUUAUAAGUCCAUUUAUUAUGGUCAAUAGACCCAUUAAUAAAGCUGAAAACUUAUCCGACAGUGAGUUGAUUAGUGAGUUAGCGGUGACUGAGGAAAUGGUAGAAAAAAGCAAUUUUAAGAGUCUAGAGCAAAUAACUGUUAAAGUUUCAAUUCCAUUCACCUGCAGGGGUGCGAUGACAAUUGAACUAGAAAGUCCUGCUGGUAUCCGGUCCAUGCUGGCUACUCUUCGUCCUUACGAUCAGAAUAAUGAAGGGUUUCCUGAGUGGACGUUUAUGACCGUUCAGCAUUGGUCAGAAUCCAUUAUAGGUAGUUGGAAGCUCAUCGUCCGUGAUCAUAGCAACGGUUGUUCUGGACGUUUUAAUUAUUGGCAAUUGGCAUUUUGGGGUGAAUCUCAAGAUCCAUCUUUGACUGUACCCAUCCCGUAUGACACGCUAAGUCUUCCCUCAGAAGGCGCACUUGGAACGUUUACAGAGAAACACCCUAAUGCAACGAACACCUCGCCUCUACCAUUAUCAACUUCCUUUACUUCUCUCACGGUUUCUCCUACCGCUACAUCUACCACCUCAAGACCUAUCACUAUUCCGUCUUUUACCCCUUCUGUACCAUUCGUUUUGGAAACAUCUUAUAGAGAGAUGCUGGCAUUCACAAUGUUUUUCCUUUUACUUGCAUUUGUCUUAUGUUCUGUAAUAUGGGUAUGGAUCUGUUCGUUUUUCAAUAUAAAUCCGGUUCCAAUGCCUACUCAAGAAAUCCCAGUCGUGUGAUCUCUUUCUCUGUUACGCUCUUUAUUAUCUCGUAAAAAUUUUUUUCAUGUUUAUAGUUUUUUUUUUCGAUAAUAAUAUAUUUAAUCUAACACAUUUUUGGCCUUUAAAACCCC